GAAAACAGUCAUUUAAGCGAUAACAGUUCAAAAUGGACACAAAAACAGAAGAAACAAGUGAAACGCGUCGUGUAGCGAAAGCAGCGAUUUUUAUUUUGUUUUGUGUUUUAUUGGAAAGAUACAGCACGGCUGGAAUUUCAUCGAUUCUUUUCCUAUUCUUCAAUCAAAAGAUUGGAUUUGAUGUACACGAAUCAACGGCUGGAUACCACACAUACGAAUGCUUAUUGUAUCUGUUUCCUGUUAUCGGUGGAAUCAUUGCUGACAGCUGGUUGGGACGAUAUAGGACAAUGGUUUGCAUGUCCAUAAUAGUCGCGAUUGGUUCCCUAAUAGUUGCUGUCGGUGUUAUUGAUGCUUUCAACCUUCCCAUUAAAGUGUUUAGUGUAAUUGGUCUAUUGGUGCUAACUUUCGGCGACGCAUGUCUUGUAACAUUAGUGCCUACGUUCGGCGCAGAGCAGUACAAAUCCACCGAGGUCAAAAGCAUUGAUUGGUUCUUCUCCUUAUUCUAUAUCAUGUACAACUGUGGCAGCAUAGUUUCUCGCUUUAUUUCACCAAUUCUUCGAGAAGAUGUGAAGUGUUUCGGGAAUGAUGACUGUUUCCCAUUGGCUUUCGGUUUACCAGCAAUUUUAAUGUCAAUUGUGACUGUGCUGAUCAUGAUUUCCAAUCGAUUCUCCGAAGCCAAACAGACCCAAGGCACCACUGUCAUGAACGUAUUAGCUUGCAUUAAGCAUGCAAUCGUUAUGAAGUUCAAAUUGAGAAAGAAUCCUCCGGCGAAAAAUCUUCAUUUGCUUGACUAUUCGGAAGAGAAGUACGGAACUGAGCUGGUGCGCGAUACUCAAAUCAUAUCGAAAGUGAUCGUUCUUUAUCUUCCAAUAAUCAUUUUCUGGGCACUAUUUUACCAGCAAGGAUCGCGAUGGGUUUAUCAGGCAACGAGAAUGAAUGGCGAUCUGGGAUUUUACACCAUCAAAGCUGACCAGUUUAAUGUUGUUAAUCCACUCUUUGUCAUAGCGUUGAUUCCAGUGUUUGAACAUAUUCUGUAUCCGUUGCUAUCUAAAGUUGCAGUGACAACUGCUUUGCAGAAAGCCACCUUGGGAGGAGUUGUCGGAGGUGUGUCUUUCCUUGUAUCGGCAAUCGUUGAAUUGCAACUGGAAGACAAAUAUCUGCACAUGACUUGGUUAAUUCCUCAAUAUUUGUUAAUGGCAUCGGCUGAAGUUCUGGUCACAGUGCCACUAAUGAAUUUCUCGUACUCAGAAGCGCCGGAGAGCAUGAAAACGAUUUUACAGGCGCUCUUCUUUUUAUCAGCCGGACUGGGAAAUCUAUUUGUUGUUAUUGUGGCGGGAACAAAGUUCAUUGAAUCGCAAUUUUAUGAAUUUGUCAUUUAUGCCGUACUGAUGUUCGCCGACAUAAUAGUCUUUGGCAUGUUAGCCAGAAGAUACAAAUCAUCUGUGCAACCGAACAGUGAAGAGCUAAUCGAAAACAGCAAAUUCAAUCAGGAAUCUUAUCAAACGAGGUUAUAAAAUAGAAAGAAAGUG